AUGAAAAUAGCUGCGAAGUCAUUAUUAACAUUACUCGAUGUUGGUACAGGAUUUUGUUAUUGGCUAUUAGGCCGAGAUUUACUUGAAGAAGAAAUUCAAUGUAUACAAAACUUAUUCAACAAAGUUAAACGUUCCGAGGAUGAAGUAGUUCUCCAACAUGAACUUAAUAAUCUGACACCAGGCAAAGAUUUAUUACUAGUAUGUAAUGCACAGAAUUAUAAUCUAGUUCAAUGGUGUAUAUUAAACAAUUAUACACAAGCACUUACUACUCUAUUAGAAUAUGGUUGUAAUCCAAGUCGAACAGGCUUAUCAGGUUAUGACUUACCGCUUGCAUUAGCAUGCUGUUUAAAUCGUAUUAAUAUGAUCAAAUUAUUACUUGAUUACGGUGCAAAUCCAUCGGAAACAACAGAACUAUCAUCAGCUACAUUAAAAUACUUAGCUCAAGAGAACAAUAAAGAGUAUUAUUCGAAAUUAAUUGAUCUAAUUAAAAAUCGAAUUACUGUAACUGCUCUGAAUAUUGUUCUUAAAUUUGAUAAUUUAGAAAUGUUUGGUUUACUGAUACGUGAUAUAGUACUUUCACCAUCAAGAUAUUCUGAGGAUACGACUCAACGUAUAGAUCAUGCAAAUUUAAAAAUAUCCGACAAUGAAUUUGAGAUGGUUUGUGAUAAAUUAAAAAUUGAAAAUUACGUAGAAAAAAUAAUCGCAUCUGAUAAUGAAGAAUGUACAGAACAACAACAACAACAGAUCGCAACUAAUGAUGAUCUGUCCGACUACGUCGAAUAUAAGCCUCUCUUUUCAUUUUGUGAUACUCUUGAUGUUGACUCAAUUGUUGUUAAUAAUUAUGAUGAUAGACAGGUACUAUCAGAGAAAUGUGAACCAUUGGAGCAAGUAAACAUCGAAGAAACAUUUGUCCCUGCGGCAACUACUGAUGGUGGUUAUUUUACAGUUGAUGGAAGUUCUGGUAACGUUAAAUUACAACCUCUGAUGAAAACCGUUGAUCAAGAAAUGUGUAUUGACGAAAAUCUACAAAAUUUAUGUAUAGCAGAAACUGAACAAUUCACUCAUUCUUCAAAACAAAAUGAACUCAUCCCUCGAACAAAGAGUCAACAACAGUUAAAUAAAUUAUCAAGUAACAAUUAUACAAUGCACCGUCGUUCAUUACCAAAUAAUGUGUUUCAUUCUUCUAUGGACCAACCAUCGAAACGUUGCCUUUCAACAUCAUCGUUUCUUCUAUCAAAUAUACCCAAUUCAACAAAACAGACAGCUCAUCUUUUACGUUUACUACAUCAAAUGAUUGAACAUGAAGCUGCAGAUAUAUUAGAAUAUUUUCUUAGAGUACAUCGAAAUGAAUUUAAUGAUCAUUUUCAUGCAGCCAUCAGUAGUUCUGAUAUAGAAUUGAAAACAUAUGAAUUAUUAUCAAAUAUAAAAUCGGACAAAAUUUAUAAUGUACUUCUAUCAUCAGAUUGUACUUAUUUCAAUAGGGUAACAACAAGUUUAUGUGAUAGAGAAAAUAAUACAUUAGUUCAUUCAUUACUUGGACAAAAUCCAUUGAAAUAUCAACCAACAGAAAUGAUUAAAAUGGUUGAAUUCUAUAUGGAAUAUGGUUUAAAAGAAUUUAUUAAUAGGCCUAAUCUAUCAAACCAUUGCAUGAUUCAAAUUCUUCUAUGUAAUGAACAUUUUCUUAAGAUGCUCUUCUUUCCACGAAGUUCUCAGUCAUCAUUAAAAAAUUUAAAUUUAAAUAUUGAAACGAUGACAACAUCAUUACCUAUUUACGAUCGCGUAGUCGUUGAAAAAUGGCGUCAAUCAUAUUUAGUUUUAAUUGAAACUUUAAUAAAACAUGGAGCUCGUAUUGACAUUUCUUCUGGUUCAUAUCGAAAUAGUCUUGAUUGUCUCUUAUCAACUCUAAUCGAUCUCGCUAAACGUUUAACAUCAAUAGCAGCAACUAUAUUUGAUAUAAAAUAUCUUAAACGAUUAAUUAUAAUUUUACUCUCGUCAUUGAAUCAAACGAAAAAUCGUAUAAUUUAUUUUAAAUAUAAUAUUGAACGAUUCUUACAACUUAUUUGUUUUAUACAUAUAAAUAAUGAUGAUCUCUCUGAAAUACUCUCAAUAGUUCAUGUACUUUUACAGUAUGAAUGUCAAACAUUACGAUUAAAUAGAAAUACAUUGAUGCAUCUAUUUAAAUUAUGGGUUACGAAGCCAAAUUUUCUAUGUUCAAGUCUUAUUGGAAAAGAUUUAUUUAUGCAGCAACUUUUAACAAUUAUUAUACGUAGAUUUAAUCUAUCAACACAAAUCAAUAAUCAAUCCAAUGACAAUCUAUUAUUAUUAUUAUCCACAACAACUAAUUUAUCACGAAGAUCGUCAAUAACACAAAAUGAAAAUGAUGUAACUUUACAAAAUUUACUUUUUAUUAUACUCAAUUUAUUAUCCAUUGCUCAAACGUGCUUACAAAUUCAAUCAAUUUAUGAACUAGUACUCAUCUUUAUUAUUCAUACAAAAUAUGAUAUUAUUAAUAAUUCCGAUGAAAUUCAACUACCAAUUGUUUAUUUAUGUUUACAAAUUAAAAUGACUCAUGCUUGUUUGUUAAUGCCAUUUAUUGAACUUUUUACAACGAUACAUUCAAUAACGAUAAUCAAUAAAACAAAAGAUACACUUUUACAGCUGUCACCGAAACGCUUAUCCAUGGAUUUGUAUAAACAUUUUCUGUCAAUUGAAAGCUUGAAAAGACCUGUAUGUUCACUUCGAAAUAUAUCAAGCAAAUAUAUUUACCAUCAUUUACAAAAACCUUAUAUGGAUAGUGUAACUAGUUUACCGAUUACCGACACAUUGAAGGAACGAUUGAUUCAUUUUCAUGACGUAUAA